GUAGAAAGGAAAGUGUUGUGGCUGCAGUCACCACCUCGCAAAACCCGUUCCACCCCAUUUCCCCGCUGUGUUCCCAAUUGGGAAGGUUUCGUUUGCGGCUGGUGCUACUGCUGAUGCAACGGGGAAGGGAACAGCAUCUCAUCCGCCCUGGGAGGAGAAUCUGUGUCAUACCGAACCGACCGUGUGUGUGUGUGUGUGUGUUGGCUCUCCUCGCGAGUGUAAUUAUACAUCGUCCACGAAGCAGGCGUGAAGUACAAAUGUCAAAACCCCACCUCUAGUGUCGUGAAAGGAUUGAGAAGAGCGGGCAAUCGCAAAGCAGGCAAUCCCGACAAGUGUACACAGCAAGGAGGGGUGAGCAAUUUGGAACGAGCAGAGCAAUAAUAUUCUUGCACAUAAUUUCUCUUAUUUUGGGGCUGGUUGGCAGCAGCGACCGUCAAUCCACCCGCCAGUAGUGUAGUAGUAAGGCUCUGUCUGCUCGGAGCGAAGGAAAUCGCGCGCAACCGGCAGCACCCUUUCGGCAAACGGUGGCACUGUGGCUGUGUGUAUGAGUGUGUCUGGCUGGAAGUGUACUCAACCCCCCCGAGUUCGCCCCCUAAUCAUAGGGUUUUGGGUGGCGCCGGUAUUGCGCCGAGACGACAGCACCCGACCCUACAAUCCUCCCGUGAACCGAAUUGAAGUCGUGCUGCUUUCAGUUGAGUCAGAAAGGGGAAACCCCCACGGAGGCUAGCAGGCCUGUCUACCAGAGCAAGGCUUGAACGGGAUAGAGUGUUCGUGUUCGGAAAAGUGCACCCAGCCGCGAAAGAAAACACACCAUCGAUUGCAGAACCGGUGGGACGGAGGCAGCCGCCGAACGAGCGCAGUAGAACGGAACGAAGCGACCGAAGUGCAGCGGCCAAUUUUCCCUGCGUUCGCAAUAGAAAAAAAAACCGCGUAUGCAAAAGGUGUGCAAGAGAGCACCGUCAAGCACAAAUCAAUCAAAGUGUGCCGAUGCAGGCUUUUUUCCUCCGCAAGUGUGUGUGUGUGUGUGUGGUGUAGUGUGUUAAGUGGCACUAUUACGUUCCGGUAACUUCUCAGCUGUUCCUUUCAGGUGCAAGGGAAAAGAAGUGUAGCGCUGUAUAGAGAAACUGUACGCAGAGAAAAGCUAGUGUAAAAGGGGGGAAAAGCAAAACCGCUACCGACAUCGAAGCACCCGCUGGAUUGUGAAAACAAGCACACACCCACCAUCCCACAUCCGCCGAGCGUACCCCCCUCCGGGGAGCAUCCGAGUGAGUGUGUCGCCGGCCCGACAAACCUUCCUUUGGCUCGCGUGAGGUUCAGCCGGUGCUCCAGGGGGAAGGUUGACAAAGUUCAAUUGGCCACUGAAACAUAGCCGUGUACGACGGACGUCGUGUCCGUCUGGCCGAUUGACGUAUGUGUGCGUGUGUGUGUGUUUAGCACACGACACACGGCAGGGUCUUAUGAAUGUUAUGGGUGCCUUUUAGUGGAACAGCAGCAGCAGCAACAGCAGCAAAAAUAGUGCAACAUCAACUGUGCGCCGGUUGCGGUGCGUGUGUGUUAGCGUGGUUUAUUCGAGCUUCCGGCAAUAGUUGAGCCAGCCAUCAUACUCCCCUCGCCCCCCUGGGGAACCACGGUGUCGUUGAGCGGGUGCCAUUUUUAAAUCAAGUACUGUAAAUCCAUGGUUGCGUACAGUUAAAACAUGUUGCUCUCUCAUGACUACAACAGUAGGCGCUCCUCGAUAGCAUCCACACAGUCGCGCAACAUCCGUGUCACGGUGCUGAAAAACAUGUUCAAAAAGAUUGCCCUCACGAGGUCCGCCCUCAAGAAGGCGAUCGUGGUAGUGUCCGUCUGUGCGCUGGCAAGCUUCCUGCUGCUGCUGUACUGGAAUGACAGUUCCGAGUCGACCAAACCCUCCAGCACGAUGGCGAUGGGCAUCUACAACACGCACAUCGUCGAUGGCAGCCUGGACGGCGGUCCGAUGAGCGCUGGCGAUAGCGUCCGGGACAGUGCCAUCCCCGUAAAUCCCAUCGAGCGGCUGUGGACGUACCGGUGUGUCAACAAUCGGUGCGUGCGGCACCAUUUCGUGGAUGGGGUGGAGGAGGACUUUGACACGAACAACGCGCACCAGCAGCCGCAGCAGCACGGAGGACAAGCGCCAGCCGGUGCCGGGAGCGCAAACACGGGCAGCAGCAGCUCACCCGGCAAGCGUAUCCCCUACCUAACCUGUACAAUGACCUGUGGGCCGAUCAAUAUUUGGCCGCAGCCGACCGGUGCCACCACGAUCGGUAGCAAAACGUCCCGCUUUCGGCUGUCGGACAUGCACGUGAAAAUCGUGACCAAGUUCGAGCCGGUCGAUAAGCUGCUGCACGACGCGUACGAUGUGCUGCGGGCCGAGGUUCGUGCCGCGAUGGUUACGCACGGCGCGACGCUGGAAGAGAUCGAGGGUGCGGUACCGGCGGCGUCCGUCCCGGCUGGGGUGCAGCAGCUGCCCCGGGCGGAGGAACGGUCGCUCGCUACGGAGGUGAACGAUGCGGCCACGGUUGGGAGAAGUGCCGGAGGGUCGGAAACGUCCGGCGUGGGGAAGAUUCACUUCUUCAAGCUGGUCAGCGACAAGCGGUACGAUGUGGACGCGUUCGAGGUGAACGUGCACGUGGAGAAGUCGGGCGAUACGCACCUGACGCUGCACACGGACGAGAGCUACAACAUGACGGUGACGCACUCUGCACGUGUGUUGAUCGUAAAAAUAACUGCCAACACGUUCUUUGGCGCAAAGCAUGGACUUACCACGCUGCAGCAGCUGAUCUGGUUCGAUGACGAGGAGCGUACGCUGAAGGUCCUCAACAAGGCGUCCAUUGAAGAUGUGCCAAAAUUUAACUACCGUGGCCUUAUGCUCGAUACCUCCCGGCACUACUUUACGGUGGACGCGAUCAAGCGCACCAUCAUCGGCAUGUCCCACUCGAAGCUGAACCGGUUCCACUGGCACAUCACGGACUCGCAGAGCUUCCCGUUCGUUUCGCGCCACUAUCCGCAGCUCGCCCGGUACGGUGCCUACUCCGAGCGUGAGGUGUACACCACGGACGACGUCCGGGAGCUGACCGCGUUUGCGAAGGUUCGCGGCAUCCAGAUCAUACCGGAGAUCGAUGCACCGGCCCACGCUGGCAAUGGGUGGGACUGGGGUCCCAAGCACGGGCUCGGGGAGCUGAGCCUGUGCAUUAACCAGCAGCCGUGGAGCAACUACUGCGGCGAGCCACCGUGCGGACAGCUCAACCCGAAAAACAACAACACCUAUCUGAUCCUGCAGAAGCUGUACGAGGAGCUGCUGGAGAUUGUCGGCCCACUGGACUACUUCCACAUCGGCGGGGACGAGGUGAACCUGGAGUGCUGGCAGCAGCACUUUAACGACUCGGACAUGCGCACACUGUGGUGCGACUUUAUGCUGCAGGCGUACCAUCGGCUGCAGCUCGCCAGUGGACAGAACGCGACGGCACCGCGCCUGGUCGGCGUGUGGUCGAGCGGGCUUACCAGUGCGCCGUGCCUGUCGAAGAACACGUUCGCGGUGCAGGUGUGGGGCGGCAGCAAGUGGCCGGAAAACUUCCAGCUCAUCAACAGCGGCUACAGUCUGGUGAUAUCGCACGUGGACGCGUGGUAUCUGGACUGUGGGUUCGGCAGCUGGCGGUCGACGGGCGAUGGGGCCUGCUCGCCGUACCGCAACUGGCAGACGGUGUACAAGCACCGGCCGUGGGAGGAGAUGAAGCUGACCACGCUGCAGAUGCGCCAGAUUUUGGGCGGCGAGGCGUGCAUGUGGACGGAGCAGGUGGACGAGUCGAUACUGGACGCGCGGCUGUGGCCGCGCGCAUCCGCCCUGGCCGAGCGGCUGUGGACCGACCCGACCGAGGAGCGGUACAGCGAGUCGGUGCCGCUCGAGGUGUACAAUCGGAUGUCGGUGUUCCGGAACCAUCUGCUCGAGCUGGGCCUGCGGGCGGAACCGAUCUUCCCGAAGUACUGUGCGCAGAACCAGGACGAGUGUGUAUGAUAUUACGCCAACCCGUUCUACUAGAUUUUGUGAUGUUUCGCUAGAGGAGGGGGGGCACUGUGUGGUUGUGAUAGUUUGACAAAAAAAAAGAGGGCGCUUUGACCGAUGUGCUACAUGCAAUUGUACACGAGAGAGCGAAGCCUGGGCAAGCGAGAGUAGGGCACAUAUAUUUAGAAAACGCUUGAAACUCAUGAUAUUACUAUGACCAACAAUCAUGUAGCAGCAGGAAUGGCGGGAGGAGGGAGGAAGCAUGAGAUGAGAAUAGAAUUUUUGUUUGUUGUUAGAUAUUUAUGGCACGGCGCAGCAGUGUGAUGCACAGUUGAACCUGUAGAACCGGGGAGCUGCGCAAAGAAAAAAAAAAGGCGCAAAAGGUUUAAAACAAAACAAAAAAGGACACACGGUUGUACAUAGUUUGUAAAUGAUUGACGUAGUGUUACGGUAGCUACUUAUUCGGAGGUUUCAGCGUAGCGCUAGUAAAACGAGAAACAUUGUAACCUGCACACCUACCGUAGCGUUUAAUGAUCAUGAUAAUAGUACACACGACACCUAGCUGAACGGAAGGAGACAUUUAUGGUUUAAUAUGGUUUCUUACCAAGUUUAGUAUAGUCUAUGAAGAAUUAGUAACAAACAAAAAACAAACAUUUUGCGCUUAGAAACUUACAAAAAAAACGUGCACACUCACACGGCAACGGAACCAGUAACACGGAAGGUUGUAACUUCUCUAGCAGCAGACGAGUCUAGCAGAUAGGCAAAACACGGACCCUUUCUGUAGAGGAGUAUUUAUAUUUAAUUUCCCACGUACCCUUAGAUACAAUUCUUUUUUUUUUCUCCAUUCACCAUACCUCAAAAUGGGAAAAUUCUGAAAGGGAUUUGCACGGCAAACAGAACGUCACGUGACGCAUGGUAGAUGAUAGGUGAAUUGUAUUGGUUCACGCGUACUUAAACGAGACCCGUGUGCAUUGCGGCGUUUGUGUUUUCUAUGCUUUACUGUGUGUACAAAUUUUCUACAAAUUCGUGCAUUAUUUUCCAAAUUGUUAGAAUUGUUGGCGAUAUGAUGAUGAUGGUUGAAAUUGUGGCACAGCUUGCAGGUCACGCGCAUGUUUCCUGGAUAAUUAGUCAAAAAGGAUACGGUAACGCUGCUUCGAAAUGAGCUUUACUGUGCGCGUGAAAGUGUGUGGAGCAUGUGCAAAUAGAAAAGGUGAAGUUAUUUCAUGAAAACCCUCCCGAUAUACCUGUAGACGAUUUCGCUAGCGUACGUAAGUGUUUAAGUAUUUCCUUUAUUUUUUUGUGUCGCGUCCCGUUCGUACACUUGUGCGCGUGGUUUGAGAUUUGCGCAAGCGGUUAGCUGUAUCUGUUUCGUGUUAUUAUGUUUGUUGUUAACUAUUGCUUUAAUUUAGCAGAACAGAAAGCAUACAGUGAAGUGGUUUUCCUUUGCGUGGCAUUUCGGUUUUGUCAAAUUGUAAUAACAAUAUUUAACAAAAUCCAACAGACACACAGUCGUAACACUUCUUUCCCACUAAACUAAGUGCACUGUAGGUUUAAGCGUAACGUAGCGGCGUAAGUUAGGUAAACAACUAUCUAAAAAGGAAAGCAGCACUUGCAGGACGGAACACUUGUUGUUGUCAUUGUCAAACGACCAAAAUGCCUGAUUGUGAGAAAAAAAAACGUGGAAACGAGAAAUUAGGAAAAGCAAACAAUAUAGUAUGUAUAGGAACAGGAACACUUUUCUUUAAGAGAUUACUGUGCAAAAGUUUGAUUUAAAACAGUUAGAUACAUUUUUCUUAAAUCAACUAGUAGCACACAGACGAGCCUUAAAGCGUCAUCAUGUUGAUUAGAUUAAUUGAUUUACUACAAAACAGAGCGUGAAAGUGACAGAAGAGCCAUAAAUGAUUGCGGAUAUUAAACGCUGAACGAGCAAUACACUCACAGCAUGAAGAAGGGGGAAAGUUUCGGUUGGAUUUAAUUGUGUAGCUGAACUUUAAAUGGAAAUGUAUACCAAUAUGUAUCACACGUUCGCGAACGUUUUUGGAAAUGAACAAACUUGUAACAGCAAGCAAGCAAGAGAGACAAAGUGGGGAGGAAAAAACACUAAGCUAAGCCGUUUGCCUUUUGCUGUAAUUGCAUAUUGUUAAGAACUGGAAAACAAAAUUCGUGCAUGUGUCACGUGUUCCGUUGGACCCUGUUUCUGAUUUCAUGCUUGUUUGUUGCAUUUUGGUUGGUUGUUAGUGCAGUGAAAUGAAAAGUACAAGCGAGAGGAGGGGGGAAGAAGCGGGCGGAAAACUGAGCUUUGCGUCGAUAGUGUGAGGAUAAGUUAUUUACAUGUUUUCUUGAGAUUCGAUCGUAGCGGGCUCUCUCUCUCUCGCUCUCUCUGUCUAUCAGUUCCGAUUCUUUUUUAAGUGGUAGUGUAAUAAAAUGAAAACGAAUCAUAACUAAA